AAGCGCUGUCCUCCUCAGCAUGCCAGGCGAAUGACUUCAAACCUGAACAACCAUAUUGAGAUUAUUUAUUUAUUUAUUUGUGUGUAUUACUGUAAUUUACUGCUAAUUUAAUUUGAGAGUAAAUUUGCAAUUUAUUUACAGCCUCUCGGGUUAAAAAUAGCUAUAUGCAGUAAGAUCACAAAUUAUUUCAGACAACAGACUUGAUGGAAACCUUCAUACUGAAGUGUUUUCCCGCUAGCCAACGGUAUUUGUAUCGCUGUUGUCAUGUAGUUCUACCCACUACAGCCAUGUGUCAGAUUGAGUGAUGGGAUAAUUGGCAGCACCUGGCUGAGUCCUCACCACUGCAGACGCACACGGCCUCCAGAGGGUUUUAACACUGUGGACCUGCAAGAGUCUAUCACAGAAAACAAAUAAUAGUUUUAAAAUGCUUGAAGCAAAGUAUCCAACUUUGUUUAUGUUUGUUACCGCAUUAUUGAUGGUGAGGUGUCAUAGCGCUGAACAUGCUCCUGGAAAAGGUGCCAAUUGUGGCGAACUUUCUGCAACUCGCAAACUGGAAACAUUUGAUUUCUCCUUUAACUCAACCAACAUGACUCACUUUGCCUAUGGGAUUGUUGCAAAUGCGGUUGCUGUGCUGUUGUAUGGAAGUAACUUUGUUCCUGUCAAAAGAAUAGAGACAGGAGAUGGUAUGUUUUUUCAGUGGGUAACCUGUGCAGCGAUAUGGACUGUAUCUAUGGUUGGAGACUUGGUGCUUCAGUCGCCCAAAUUCUACCCUUUUGCAAUGAUUGGAGGUUUCAUCUGGGCUACAGGGAAUAUAGCAGUUGUUCCAAUUGUUAAAGCGAUUGGCCUCUGUCUUGGGAUUUUAAUUUGGGGAUCCUCUAGUUUGUUGAUGGCCUGGGCCAGUUCAAGAUUUGGUUGGUUUGGGAUUGAUGCUCAGGAUGUUUCCAGGCCGAUGUUAAAUUAUUGUGGAGCCGGGUUGUGUCUGCUCAGUUGCCUGAUCUUUUUCUUUGUGAAAACAGACGUGGAACUGCAUCCCAACUCAGAAUCAAUUCCAUUGCUUAUUGACAGGAGAUCAAAUUCUAGCAGCUAUGGAUCAAAUUCCUCAAAGUUCUGGAUAGAUUUCAUCGGACCAAAGACCAGACAGUUCAUUGGCUGCCUACUUGCUGUUGUGUCAGGCCUGCUGUACGGGUCCUCCUUUGCACCCAUCCUCUACAUUAAAAGCCGUUCAUCGUGCAAUGACAGCAUGUUCCAUGGAGCCAGUGUUUAUGACAUCGACUAUGUUUAUGCCCAGUGCUCUGGCAGUUUUGUUGCAAGCACAGUGUACUUUACCAUCUACUGUGCUGUCAUGAAUAACAGGCCCAGAGUGUUCUCCAGAGCCAUCUUACCAGGUCUAUUGUCUGGAUUGAUGUGGAUAAUGGCUACAUACUGCUGGUUCCUGGCCAAUAACUACCUGAGUGAGGUUAUUACCUUUCCCAUUGUUUGUGCAGGAUACGGUCUGGUUGCAGCAUUGUGGGGGUCUUUAGUGUUUAGAGAGAUUAAGGGGUUAACCAACGGCUUCAUCUUCUUCUUGGCCUCCAGUCUCGUGCUGACCGGUUCACUGCUGACUGCCAUCUCAAAUCUCUAAUAACGCAAAAAACACCUUGUGAUUGGCAUAUAAACACACAUUUACUUCUGUUCUCCAACUAACUUGGAAAAUAUUGUCCUUGGUUUUAUAAAACUCUUUAAACCCCAUUAAAAUAAACCAGAAUACAUAGUG